AUGAAAAGAAAAACAAUAGAGGACCCUGCCUGCCCAAUCUGCAGACUCCAACCAGAGAUUGUGGAGCACAUUCUAUGGAGUUGUCCUUCAGCCAGGGACGUGUGGGCACUCAGUGUAAGGAAGCUUCAGAAAGCUAGCCCCCUUUUCCACCACUUCCAGGACCUGGUAAAAGGCUUCUUGGAGAACUUGAGCAAGGAGGAACUGAAGGUCUUUGCUGUCACCUCGUGGUUCAUAUGGAAGAGAAGAAACGAAAUGGUUUUCAAGGACACCUUCCAACACCCCUCUAAGGUGUCACAGCUUGUAGCUUAUCUAAUGGAUGAGCUUCAGCUUUUGCCACAACAAGGGAAGACCCAAUCUCACCCCAAUCUGGGCCAGACAAGAUGGGAAGCACCACCACAGGGCAAGUUUAAGUUGAAUUGGGAUGCCUCCAUCUCUAAGGCCACCUGCAAAGUGGGAGUGGGAGCAGUUAUUAGACAUUGUGAAGGGAAAGUGUUGGCCACUCUUAGAAUGCAACAUGACCUCUUCCCUGAUCCACUCAUGGCUGAGGCGUUUGCUGGACUCCAAGCCUCCAUUUUUUGCAAGUCUCUCGGGUAUAAAGACAUCAUCAUAGAGGGGGAUUCGCUGCAGGUGGUAUCAAGCCUCAACUCAUCAACCGAGGUCCAUACAUACACAGGCCAACUCAUCUCAGAUACAAGAUCAAUGCAAAGUUCCUUUUCAGUUUGGUCAGCAAGGCACACUGUAAGAGCAAAUAAUUCUGUUGCUCAUGCCUUAAGUAGGGAUGCUCUAAGCAUCAGUGGUUAUACCACAUCUUUUGAUUUCAUUCCGAUUUGUAUCAAAGACUUGGUUUAA